UUACUGCUCCGCCUUCCAUGGAGUCAUUGGUUGAUGAUGGAGGAGUUGGCCUUUCAACAAAGACCAACAAGAAAUCAUUGGUUCCUAAAGUCCCCAACAACCCUCCUUUGAGCUCUUGCUCAACAUCUCGGUCUCAGCCUCUUAAACAGAUGACUACUGUGAUGGAGUUUUGUCCUGGUGGUGACCAUUCCCUCAAGCAAAAGCAACUUGGAAAGUUCUUCCCUGAGUUCUAUGCUGCAGAUGUUUUCCUUGCUUUGGACUACCUGUACAUGUUGAGGAUCAUAUUCCGAGUCCUUAAGCCUGAGAACAUCUUAGUACUAGAGGCAAAAAUCUCUUUUCCAUUUUGCUUACCUUUACAUGAUGUAGUAUAAACGUGCUUUUGCUGCUCCUAAAAGCAAGGACUUGAGUAAGAAAUACGUUUGGGGAAAUGGUUUUGCAUUGUGGGGAGAACACCUUCACAAUCCAAGGAGCAUGAUUUGAAUCUUACGCUGCUUAAGGUAAUGGGUUCUUUUAUAUUUGCUUAGAGUGGGCCACUAGGUACUUCCUACAUAACUGAUCAACCUGAGUGAGCAAGUUUAAGAUGAUAAUUCUUGCUGAAAUAAAGAACACAUAAUAGUAAGUUCUAAACAAUGCAUAUACUGAGUCCCAUGCUUGAUCUUCUUCCAUGUGUUGUAGGUAAUUCGAUUAACACAACCCUGAAUACUAUGUCUUUACUGUGCUUGGGAGCUGCAAAGAUGGAGAGGAAGUGCCUAAAGAGUAUGCUGCCUU